AUGUCUCCCCGGAUAUUCGAGAAGGACGAUGACCUCAACGGUCACAUGGACUUCGUGGCGGCGGCCUCCUCCCUCAGGGCCAGGAUGUACUCCAUCGAGGUGGCCGACCGCCUCAAGACCAAACGCAUCGCCGGGAAGAUCAUCCCCGCCAUCGCCACGGCUACUGCUGCCUCGCCGGGCUGUCUGGGGGGGUCUCUGGGGUCGUCUGGAAGUCUGGGGGGUCGUCUGGAAGUCUGGGGGUCGUCUGGAAGUCUGGGGGUCGUCUGGAAGUCUGGGGGUCGUCUGGAAGUCUGGGGGUCUCUGGGGGUCGUCUGGAAGUCUGGGGGGGUCGUCUGGAAGUCUGGGGGGUCUCUGGGGGUCGUCUGGAAUUCUGGGGGUCUCUGGGGAGUGGUCAGUGAGUGGGUGUGCUGUGGUCCCCAGGUGUCGUUGGAGCUGGUGAAGGUGGUGGGAGGAUACGGGUUUGAGUCGUUCAACAACUGUUUCUUCAACCUGGCCAUUCCUGUCAUGGUCCUCACCGAGGCUGCACCUGUCAAGAGGACACAGAUCAGGGAAGACAUCUCUUUCUCUAUCUGGGACCGCUGGACUGUGUGGGGUGACCAACACUUCUCUCUCUCUGACUUCAUCAAGGCAGUGCUGGUGAAUUAUGGGAUAGAACCUACCAUGGUGGUCCAUGGCGUGAAGAUGCUCUAUGUUCCUGUGAUGCCUGGACACAACAAGAGACUAAAACUAACGAUGCAGAAGUUGAUCAAGCCGUCUGUAGACCGUCGCUACGUCCGACCUGACCGUGUCCUUCGCUCCUGAGUCAGACGGUGAUGAGGACCUUCCUGGACCCCCCGUUAGGUACUACUUCAGCUCCGACGGAGACGCUCACAGCGCCUGACACGCCCGGACCAUAACCCCCUCAGUCCCCUCAAACUAACCCCCCCUCAGUCCCCACAAACUAACCAAAUAUACCACCCCUCAGUCCCCUCAAACUAACCCCCCUGUACCUGCAAAACCCCAGUUGACAACAGUGGUGCUUCUUGAACAGGGGUGGAUUCUAGAACAGGGGUGGAUUCUAGAACAGGGGUGGAUUCUAGAACAGGGGUGGAUUCUAGAACAGGGGUGGAUUCUAGAACAGGGGUGGAAUCUAGAAUAUAUGUUGUUUCUAGAAUAUAUGUUGUUUCUAGAAUAUAUGUUGUUUCUAGAAUAUAUGUUGUUUCUAGAAUAUAUGUUGUUUCUAGAAUAUAUGUUGUUUCUAGAAUAUAUGUUGAUUCUAGAAUAUAUGUUGAUUCUAGAAUAUAUGUUGAUUCUAGAAUAUAUGUUGAUUCUGGAAUAUAUGUAGAUUCUAGAAUAUAUGUUGUUUCUAGAAUAUAUGUUGAUUCUAGAAUAUAUGUUGAUUCUAGAAUAUAUGUUGUUUCUAGAAUAUAUGUUGAUUCUAGAAUAUAUGUUGAUUCUAGAAUAUAUGUUGUUUCUAGAAUAUAUGUUGAUUCUAGAAUAUAUGUUGAUUCUAGAAUAUAUGUUGUUUCUAGAAUAUAUGUUGUUUCUAGAAUAUAUGUUGAUUCUAGAACAGAUGGUGAUUCUAGAAUAUAUGUUGAUUCUAGAACAGAUGGUGAUUCUAGAAUGGGGGGAUUCUAGAACAGGGCUGGCCCCAUGGACCAUUAUUAGAGAAAGAGCAUAGAGGUAGAAAGAGGGCUCUAGAUGGAUAUAACCUGGUUUGAUGAGUUCUCUUUCUACCUCUAUGAGAAGAGGGUUGCAAUUGACUGUGUACAUAGUAGUCCCUCUGUGUUUUCUACUCAGAUUUAAAACACAGCUCUGACUGGUGUUUUCUGCUCUGGUUUAAAACACAGCUCUGACUGGUGUUUUCUGCUCUGGUUUAAAACACAUCUCGGACUGCUAUGCACAUGCCUUAACUAACAACCUUGAUGUGUUUGUCACGACGACGACGACGAUGAUGAUGCUAAGAAUAAAAACAUUUGUGUUUACACACCCAUACA